AAAAAGAACAAUGCCGAAACAAGGAAAGUGAAACACAAUACAAAGCCUAGAGGAUAUUUCGGCUAAGGCCUUAGAAGCUUCUCCUACCUUUCCAGCACUUGAGUUGGUCUAUCAUGGAGUUCCAUCAUGAAUACUUCUUUGCUCUAAUUCUGAAGGAGGAGUAGCUGUAACUUGUCCAUCUUUCAACUUAAGAAGAACUAGUGGCGACUUAAUAGUAGUGCUAGUGUUGCUGCAACCGAUGGAAUUGAACGAUAGUAAAAGAGUUGCGGUUGCAUGGGACAUAGAAGACCGAAUCAGUUAUCUGCCAAGAAAUGUUGUAGAUCAUAUUCUUGAAUCCCUGCCUAUUCAAGAUGCAGCAAGAACUAGCAUUCUAUCAAAAAACUGGAGAUAUAUUUGGGCCAUGCUUCCAAAUUUGGUGCUGAAUAAGCUCUUCUGCAACAAAUUAGCAGCAAGAUCUCAAUAUGUCUUCAAAGAAACUAUAGAUAAGAUUCUCUUACAGCAUCUUGGAGAUGUUGUGACCUUUGAUCUCGAUGUCUCAGGAGUACAGUUGUCUCUGUGUCCUGAUAUUGGUAGAUGGAUACUUUAUGCCACCAGAAAUGGUGUCAAAAAGCUAACCCUUAACAUGUCAAAUAACAGUACUUAUAAACUACCUUCAUAUAUAUUUAAUUGUCCAACACUGACACGUUUGCAACUCUUCAACUUUGUCUUCAAACCACCAACUACUUUUCUUGGCUUUUCGAAUCUUGUGACACUUUGUCUUGAAGAAAUAACCUUUGUGCCGACUACAGAGUUUUGUGUUAUCAACGCACCACUUCUUGUCCGUCUGACCUUGAUGUACUGUAACGGUACUAAAUACUUGAACAUUGGUUCAUCACGGUUGAAUACCUUGGUUGUUAUUGAGAAUCACUAUAAUGUUGAGCUAAGUUUUUUUAUGAAGUGCAAAAACUUGACAGCUUUAUACCUUCUGUCUAAUAAUCCAAUAUCUGUUGAAAGAUCAAAAUUGGAAAAGCUUCUUCUUAGCUUGCCUAUACUUAAGGUGCUUGGUUUUAGUGCACCUUUCCUUGUGCUUUUGAGUGCAGGUGCAGUUCCACAAGGGCUUCCUUUCACACUCAACUGCUUGUGGCAUAUAAAGUUAGGUGUAAACUUCGGCCAAAUGGGUCAGAUUUCUUACACUCUCGAGUUGAUUAAGAGCCCCCCCAAUUUGAGUAAACUUGAGAUUUGGGUCGAUACUACCAGUGACACUAUUGAAGCAGUUUCGGAGACACAGCAAACUGCUUGAACCAACUACUCAACAAGCUCAAAUAUGUGGACAUACAUUUGUUUAAGGGUUCAAAAACUGAACUGUUUUUCGUAAAGUAUGAGCAUUAACCAUGUAAAAGCCUCUGGUUCCAAGGAAGAAAGGAAUAUUGUCGUAUAAUUGGCGCGUUUCCCUAGAGCAUCUCCCAAGGCAGAGCUAUUGUAUUUUCCAUAGUCGGAUUAGGAUUUUAUGUCAGUCAUCUAUGAUUAUUAGAAAGGCUUAAUGCUACCUAUUGUUCUCAGUGAGUUUUGUCUAAGAAGGAAUAAAUUAGCAAAUUUUGUAAACUAUUGGGGUUCCUUUAAAUGAUAAAUUAUUUUUUUAAUAGUA